AUGAAAAAUUCAAAAUCUUUAUUCAAAAGAGAACAAACAUGUGAAUUAAAUUCUCAGGACUUAGUCAUGGUGCGGGUGAUAACAACCAACAAUCACCCACAAAAUAUCAAAUCGACGCCAUAUGGCAUCGUAAAGUUUCUUGAAGGGAAGUCUUCUAUAGCCAAAAGUCAGUUGAGGAAUCCAAAGUUAAAAUCAUUGGGAUAUAUUGAAAUCAUGCUUUGA